UUUAAACGACAUCUUGCCGUCACAAAUUUCUCUGCUGUACAAUCCCAAACAUCUGUCCAUACUCCAAGCUAUCUCAUUUAAGCAACUCAUCGUCAAUCAACAUGUCUUCCGACCCAGUUGAUGUUCUCAUCAUUGGCGGCGGGCCCGCUGGCUUAACAGCUGCUCUCACUCUUGCGCGUCAACUGCACACAGCGAUCCUCUUCGAUAACCAGUCAUACCGCAACGGCAAUUCCCCAUUCAUGCACAUGAUCCCUACAUGGGACCACAGAGAUCCUGCUCAAUUUCGUGAGCAGGCUCGUCAGGAGAUUCUGUCAAACUACUCCACCAUUAGCUUGGAGAACACGAGUAUCGAAAAGGCGGAGAAAGGAGAGGACGGUCUUUUCAGGGUAACCGACGCAAGUGGGCAUUCUUGGGAAGGAAGAAAAUUGAUCCUUGCCACUGGAUCCCAGGACAUUUUCCCACCCAUACCCGGCUACGCCGAUGCCUGGGGAAAGCGCAUCUUUCACUGCCUAUUCUGCAAAGGAUACGAAGACCGCAGCGCAAAACGGGCAGGCGUCCUUGCCAUACAGUCUGCCGCAAAUGUGCCGAUGGCGAUGCAUCAGGCGGAAAAUGCUGCUCAGCUGGCCGAACAGGUUACAAUCUAUACCAAUGGACAGGAGGCUCUUGAGUCCCAGUUGGCUACCACAUUGGCCAGUCAGGGCAGCAAUACUGUGUUCAAAGUCGAUAACCGUGAAAUCACCGGUCUGGAACUCAACGGGGAUGUUCUGAGUACUUCGGCCUCCGUUCUAGUCCAGCUUGCCGAUGGUAGCCAGGUCGAAGAGGCGUUUAUCGUGCAUAAUCCCAACACGCAGGUCAAGAGCACGUUCGCUACUCAAUUGGGCCUGGAACUUGCACCUAGCUUUGUUCCUGGUACCGGGGAUAUAGCUGCUGCGGCGCCUUUCCACCAGACCAGUAUUCGGGGCGUUUUUGCUGCGGGUGAUUGUAUCACUCCGUAUAAGGUGGUUGCGGGUGCCAUUUCUAGCGGAUGCAAUGCGGCUGUUGCGGCUUCGGCGCAAUUGCUGGCAGAAAAGCAUGGUCAUCAGCCACUUUUCUGAUUGCUUUCGCUCGAGCUGUUAGGAGCGUUGUGGGGUAGUCAAUAUUUCUAUUAUGAAGCCAUUAUUGGGAGAAAAUCGCCUGUGAAAAGUUUUACAAAAUCAUGUAGUUCUCCAAUCUGAUGUAGGGAAGCGUUCCUUCCGAAUUAUGCCUCAUGUACCAUGCAUGGUUGUCAUGCAUUCGUUCUGUGUCGCAGGGUAAUCUGUUCGGGGGUGUUCGAUGUAGUUGAGAAGAUAGGGGAUGAGAAUAGUUGGUAUACCUGCAUUGACAUAUAAACAUUACUAGCG